GCACACAGAAGAGCAAGCUACCGCCGGAGUAUAAGUACACUUACGGCUACCUCAUCAUCAUACUACGAUUCUUCACCAUUACUGGCAAGCACGCAACGCUGAAGAUGCUGAUGCUCACCGUGCUCGUCUCGAUGCUCAAGUCCUUCUUCAUCAUCAUGGGCAUGUUCCUGCUCAUCCUCUUCUACGCGUUCGCCGGCGUCAUCAUGUUCGGCUGCGUGAAGUACGGCGAGAACCUCGGCCGGCACGCCAACUUCGCGACGGCAAUGAAAGCUGUGGAGACGCUGUUUCGCAUCGUCACGGGCGAGGACUGGAACAAGAUCAUGCACGACUGCAUG